UGUAGUGUCAGGAAGACAAAGAGUGAGGCUGAUCUGAGAGGAAGCUGCAGAAGCACAGGAAGAGCUGCUGCUGUUUAAACAAGAGCUCAACAUAUAUAUAUAUAUAUAUAUAAAGCAGAAGACGAGUGUCAGACACACAGAAUGGCUGAUAGGAGUCCUCUGUUUCUGCUGCUCAUCUUCUGGACACUCAGCACAGGUGUGUUUGGAGCAGGAGACACUCAUGUGUUCAGCAGUUCUGGAGAAACUGUUCAUCUGCCCUGUAGAAACACUGAUCAGUACUGCAGAACAUCAGGAACUACAUGGAUCUACAACAGUCACAGACUGACAGCAGCAGUUUCAAUGUUUACUUUAGGGGUAAAGCAGAGAAACUCAGAGAGACUGAAUCUGGGCUCUGACUGCUCUCUGAUCAUCAGUAGAGUCACAACAGAAGAUGCUGGACUUUACAUCUGCCAACAGUGGAGAGGAGACCAGAAACAAGGACCUAAUGCACAUGUGUAUCUGCAUGUUGUUGCUGUCUCUCCAUCAUCAUCAUCAUCAUCAUCUGAUAUUCGUCCGGGUCUCUCUCUGACUCUCUCCUGUCGGCUGUUCUCAUAUUCUGGAUUCUCCUGUGAUUAUUUGUUUAGAUCUCAGCAUCUUCGUCUGUCCUGGGUGAAUGAGGCUGGUGUUGAUCUGAACACAGACUCCAGAUAUCAGAUCUCUUCUACAGGCUGUAUCAUCAGUCUGUCUACAACACUCAUCAGUGAAGAUGAAGAUAAACAGUGGAGAUGUGGAGUCUAUCAGAGAAAUCAACUGAAGACCUCAGACACGUUUACUGUCCACUAUUCAGCCGCAGAUCUGCCAAAUACAGCAGAGCCAAAACACGAGAAUCCACAAGCAGAAACAGCAGCAGCAGACACAACUGAAGGUGGAGCAGUGUUUCUCUCACAUCACUGCACAAUACUAGAGUUAUAUGGGAUAAGUAAGGGCCAAGGGCAUUGUGUUGUAGUCCUGAAUGCUCUUUAUCUGACUGAGUGCUUCUGUUGUUCAGUGCUUUCAGUUCUGCUUUCUGCUGCUGCUUUGGCUGUUUUCAUCGCUGCUGUUCUGUGUUUGAUCCAGCGCAGAAGAAGAGCUGCUCAUCAAAGAGCGAGCGGUGAAUCAGCGGUCAAAGAUGAGAAUCAAGUCCACUAUCAAACAAUCCACAUGUCCAUUAAUCCUGCUGCCAGAGCCCAUGAGCAGACGGAGGAUUCAGUCACUUAUUCUGAGGUCACUUGUGCUGGGAAAAAGCCGGAGAAAUCAGCCAGUGAUGAUGAUGGUAAUGACUCAGUGACUUACGCCGCCGUCAGCAGAAGAGCUUAAUGUGUGCAGAAGAAGAAAAAGAGCCUUCAGGAAUAAAGAUCAACACAAACAGGCAGAAAUCACAGCAGCAUCACUGCAGCAUUUCAGGAGCACAAGUUUCCCUCAAAUGCGCAGAUUCAGGACUUUAGUGUGGAGAAUUGGAGAGAUUUAGAGCAGAACAAACACAGCUGGAAUAUUACUGCACUGGAAAGAGGACAAAGCAGCUGUUCUGAAGGAGAGAAAGAAAGAAAGAGAGAAAGAAAGAAAGAAAGAGAGAAAGAAAGAAAGAGAGAGAGAAAGAAAGAGAGCAGGAAAAUAGGCUGUGUUUGUGGAGGAAAGAGAAGACUGCAGUGGGAGAAUUACAGCACUGUCUGUUUGUGUUACAACUUACAAUCAUCAUCUUCAUUUGUCUCUUCAACUCAUUUGAGGCCCAGUUUUGUCAUGUCUUGCUUUAUAGAAAUGUCUUUUUCAUUUGGCACAUGAUCUCCAACAUCAUCUCCAUGUUUCUAGACUGUAUUUGAGCUCCAUUCCUUCAUGUUGAAUCUGCUUUAUUUGUGUGCAGGCAGAGAUAUAAAGCCCUACUUUGCUUUCUACAUCACAUUAAAAGUACUAAAGUGAUCUGAUGCUUCUGGAGCAAUAUUUGACUUCAUGUUUGGGGGAAUCAAAUGUCAAACUAAGAGUCCAAUAAUGCUUAAUUAAAGCUUAAUGUGGUGUUGUUCACUUCAUCUGUGGAUUGAGGCUCGCUCUUUACAGUGUUUACUGUUAAUUACAGGUAAAGUGUGACAGAAAUGUGGGUUUCUCUGCUUGUUUAGGGACAUUAAGACACAUGAAGUGUUUUAUAAUGUCUCCUUUAAAUGAGUUAAAUGAUUGAGCUUGGGUUUGUGUCUUGAUUUCAGUUGUGUUUAUUGGUUUAUAGUAAUAUGUUGUGUGAUUUGUGUUUGUGUAUUGGUUAUUAAGCUGGACUUCUGAUAUAAACACUGAUGUGAAGCAAAUAAAUCCUCAAUAAAGUGCUUCAGUGACCCUA